UAAUUCAACAAGUUAUAAGAAAAGUGUGGUUUUUAACAACUCAAGUACAUUGACCAAAAUUGUAAAUAUAAAAAGAUUGUGGCCACAACUCCACUACGUACAUAUUCCGACAAAAACAUGCAGAGUGGGUCCCACCAAAUUUAAUCAACUACCACCUCGGCGUGACACUCUAUAUACACUCGCCACAAACUCCAACAACUUUUCUCCGGCCAAAAAACAAUGGCAGCCACCGCCACCUCAAUCGACGCGCCACCCCACAUAGCUCUCUUCCCCUGCGCCGGCAUGGGCCAUCUCCUCCCAUUCCUCCGCCUCUCCGCCAUGCUCUCCUCACGGGGCUGCUCCGUCACCCUCAUCACCGUCAACCCCACAGUCAGCGCCGCCGAGUCGGACCACCUCUCCGCCUUCUUCGCCGCCCACCCCCAAAUCCAACGCCUCCACUUCCAACUCAUCCCUUACAAGAAAUCAAACUUCACAAACGAAGACCCUUUCUUCAUCCAGAUGGAAUCCAUCUCCAACUCCGUCCACCUCCUCCCUCCACUCCUCUCCACCCUCUCUCCGCCGCUCUCCGCCGUCGUCGCCGACUUCCCCAUCGCCCACGGCGUCGCCACCACUCUCUCCCCCGAACAACCACCCAUCCCAAUAUACACACUCGUCACCACUUCCGCCAGAUUCUUCACACUAAUGACACACCUCCCUCACCUUAUAACACAAAAAGAUAACAGCUGCAUCGAGAUUCCGUCACUCGGAAAGAUUCCGUUAUCGAAUAUUCCGCCGCCGAUGCUCGACCCCAACACCUUCUUCUCCGCCAACAUCAUCUCAAACGUCUCGUCUCUGUCGAAACUCAACGGCGUCCUCAUCAACACGUUCGACUCGUUCGAACCGGAAGCCAUUGAAGCACUGAGCCAAAACGCAGUACUGCCAGAAAUUCUCCACGUGGGCCCCUUCGAAUCACUCGAAACUGAAGCGCGUGCACACACUCUCCCAUGGCUAGACGAACAAGCUCCCAAAUCAGUUGUCUUCGUCAGCUUCGGAAGCAGAACAGCCCUAUCCAAACCCCAGAUCCGAGAACUAGGAAACGGGUUGUUGAAAACCGGGUCGAAAUUCUUGUGGGUGUUAAAAGGCGGGAAAGUUGAUAAAGAUGAUAAGGAAGAAGUGGGAGAGAUUCUCGGGGAAUCUUUUCUUGAGAGGGUGAAAGGUAAGGGUUUAGUUGUUAAGGGGUGGGUGGAUCAAGAAUUGAUUUUGGGUCAUGCUGCUAUUGGUGGGUUCGUUAGCCAUUGCGGGUGGAAUUCGGUUACGGAGGCGGCUCGAUUAGGGGUUCCGGUUUUCGGUUGGCCGUUGCAUGGUGAUCAGAGGGUUAAUGCAGAGGUGGUGGAGAAGGUGGGGUUAGGGUUUUGGGUUAGGGAGUGGGGUUUGGGAGAGAAAUUGGUGGGUGAAAAUGAGAUUGCUGAGAAGAUAAAGGACUUGAUGGGAAAUGAAAAUUUGAGGGGUAGAGCGAUGGAGGUGAAGGAGAAAGCUCGACUCGCGAGAGAAAUUGAUGGGAGUUCGGAAAUGCUGAUUCGAGGCCUAAUCGAGUCGUUGAAGAACAAGGGGAAAGCGUAAUUUUUAGUUUUCAUAGAAUAAGGGAGAAUGGCCGAGGAUUUGAUUUUCAUGCUUCGUAAGUUGUAAUAAAUAUUUAAAAUGUGUUGUUUGCAAAUAAUCAGAGUUCGGUUAUGGCUUGAUUUUUGUUCCACCA